CGACUUCAAACAACAGGACGCCCCAUCAAUCUUUGGAAGCCCAGGCGCGGUGCAUUUCCUCCAUAAGAGGACACCAAAACACCAUGUCGCUACUCUCAGCACACCUUGAGCAGAUAUCAUUCUCCUGCCAAGGCAUUGACAGCCUCCCCUUCCCACCUCCCAAAAUCUUCACCAACGCCCUCCUCUCCAACCACGACAUCACCUCACUGAUCCGCGACACGGAGGCGCACGAGCGCGCCCUCUUUUCCGUCCCGCCCCCGCCGCCCCCGGCCACGAGCCACAACCCGGACCCGCCGAAGCCCUCCAACCGGCGGCAGACCGUCUUCAACGUCGCCGGCGGCGAGGUGACGACGGGCCCGCCGACGGACCGCUCCACCCGCGGCUCCGCCGGCGGGCCGCGACGGCACACCGCCGUCGCGGCAGUCCUAGGCGGCGACCUGCACGCGCAGAUCGUGCGGCGGCAGGGCGCCGGCGAGGGGGGUGCGGCGGGCAAGGGUGACGUCGACAUCGAGGUCCUCCUGCACGGUGCGGAGAAGUUGUGCAAUGUCUAUCCUCUGCCCGGCGCGGCGGAGAGGAUACCGGCGCAGCGGCAGAAAUACGCGCAUCAGAGCAAUACGCUGGCUUACUAUGAGGCGAAAGUCGCCGAGCAGCAGGAGGCCCUAGGGAGGAUGAACAGGGAUCAUUUCGCGGAGGAAGACGAGGAGGACGACGGCAAGUUCGCUGGGGAUGCUAGCGAUUUCGUGACCGAGGAUGAUCUGAAGAGGGAGGAGGAGGAAGUGCGGGAGCUUGACAAGAAAAAGAAGGAACUCCAAGAGAGGUUGCGAGCCAUGGAGAAGGAUCUAGGAGGGUUGUUGAACCUGUGAUCGGAAUGUUAUUCGAUGUAUACCUUUGUAAGUCACAAGUGGCUGCCCUACUGCUGGCUUCCGUUCAGAUACCCAUCGCA